AUGAUGGGCACUGUGGAGAAGAAGAAGAUAGAAGGUCGAGGAUUGAUAGAUGUGGUGUUUUCUUGGUCUAUAGAUGAUGUGAUGAACAAGGAUCUUUACAAGAAUAAGGUCAAGCCAAUUCCGGAGACAUUCUAUACAGCAGAACACUAUCUCCGGUCAUUCAACGACCCUCUUCUAGAAGAAACACAUGCUAGUCUGCGGUCAAGUUUUACUCCUAAGAAUCGUCCACCUGCACGUGAAAUAUUUGAUGUCAACCCUAACAAAGAUUUCAAACCUCCCAAAGAUUUUUUCUAUACCAUGACAUUGAAAAGAUUGAGGAGUGGAAGUGAGGAAGACAAAAGAGUAUAUGAACCAGAGGUUGGAGAUUUAAUUGCCUUGAUAGAUGUCGAGCCAAUUCCGGAGACAUUCUAUUCAGCAAAACACUAUCUCCGGUCAUUCAACUCCCCUCUUCUAGAAGAAACACAUGCUAGUCUGCGGUCAAGUUUUACUCCUAAGAGUCAUCCACGUGCACGUGAAAUAUUUGAUGUCAACCCUAACAAAGAUUUCAGACCUCCCAAAUAUUUGUUCUAUACCAUGACAAUGAAAAGAUUGAGUGGAAGUGAGGAAGAUAAAAGAGUAUAUGAACCAGUGGUUGGAGAUUUAAUUGCCUUGACAGAUGUAAGACCAGAAUAUAUUGAAGAUUUGAACACGAGUAAAAGGCCUUACAGUAUAGCCGUACUUUACGGCAUCAAGGAUGAUGACGAUUCCACUAGAAUUUCAGUCAUUUCUUCGAAGCCUAUCAUGUUUGAUAUGCCGGACAUGGACAAACUUUUUGCUUUUUAUCUUACAAACUUGACGACAAAUAUCCAAAUAUGGCAAGCAUUGCAUCCAAAUCUGAUAGGAGAAAACAUGAAGAUCAUUAAUUCAGUGCUGAGAGUCAAUCCAUCUGUAGAAGAAAAUUGUACUAUUUGUUCCGUUGAGGAAUCGAGGAGUACUCAUGAAUCUAUGUUAAGGGAACCGAUUGGCACUUUUGGCAUGAAUGAUUCACAAGAAGCUGCUAUUUUAAAUUGUAUAGUUACGAAAGAUUGUCAUUAUCGAAAUGAUGUGAAGCUCAUAUGGGGUCCACCAGGAACUGGAAAAACAAAAACGAUUUUAUCGUUAUUGUUUGCCCUAUUGAGGACGAAAUGCAUGGCAUUAACUUGUGCACCAACCAAUGUAGCUGUCAUAGGAGUUGCUACAAAGUUACUGAGUUUGCUAAGUGAUACAUUAGUAAAUAAUUCCUAUGGACUGGGAGACAUAGUUUUAUUUGGUAAUGGAGAACGAAUGAAGAUUGACGGCAAUGAAUCUCUUUUUAAUGUCCUUUCUCUUUUGGAGAAGUUUUCAGAUGGAUGGCGUCAGCUGCACAAACCUGAAAUUCUCAGCAACAUGGAUAGUGCUGCUUCACAACUGUUGGAACUAUAUGAUGUCAAAUGGCCAUUGAAAUUGAUUUGA